CCUCGAGAUCUGCACCUCCCCACCACCUUCCCCUCCACUCUAUGGCAAAUCAAAUCACCAGUCAUCGCAAAGCACCAAACUCCAACUCCAAUGCUCCAUUCUCAGAGCUUGGCUUGCCUGGUUACGUUCCAUGAGUGCACCCUACGCUGUCAGGUACUCGUCAGGUGAUCGCUGGGAGGACGUUGAUCAGUGGCGAUUAGUUAUUAGCGUAUCCUAGUCCUCUGAGUUUGUGUUGAUUAUUCGUGAACCGUGCUAACAGCCGUUCGUGGGUUAAAAUUCUGGCUGUCUGAGUAACUGGCGCGUUCUUGCAUUCUAAAGUCUUCCUCAAGCAUCGAGCGGAAUUCAGAGGGAUUACCCUGGUGCUUCUUGAUUCUCGACUCCCCGCAUUAGCAGGAUCCCAACUCCUUAGGUCACACAGAAGACGUCCUUCCAGAAAUCGUCGGAUCUUGUAGAGAGCGAGCGAAUUCUUCUCAUGAUGGUGGAAGCUGCGGGGUGACAUGGCAUGGCGCGGCGUGCUUGACCGGAUCUGGAGGCGACAGGAGCCGGAAGAGAUCGACGAGAUGGCCGACGCACAAGGCGCGUUCGUCACGCGAGCAUUCGAGAAGCUUCUGCGAGAAUCCACAGGAAGGAAGUUCCAGAAACUACACCAGGCGCUUAAAGCCUAUCUAGAUCGACCCAAGGGGGAGCACCUGGUCCUGGUCACAGCAGCUUCGCGCGUUGAUCCGCGCUAUGGCCUGCCUCAGACGGACGAGCCAGGAGCUGCGGAAAUUGUGGAGCAGCAGCAGCCGCAGCCGGGCACGGUCCCCCUGGAGCCCGUCGGCAGCGGGGAGGGCAGCGGGCGCGCGCAUCCGAACACGGCGAACGCGGCGAACGUGACGGCGGCGGCGGCGAUGGCGGAGGCGGGGCACUCGCUGGAGGGCGUGGAGGCGGAGCUGAUUCUGUGCCCGCUGCGGCUGGCCAUCGAGAGCAAGCAGAGCCGCCUCAUGGAGACUGCCCUGGACUGCCUGCAUAAACUCAUCUCGUACGGCCAUCUGGAGGGCGACUGCGGGCUGGAGGGUGGCAAGAACAACAAGGUGCACACGGAGAUAUUCCACCUCGUGUGCUCCUGUGCCGACAACACCGCGCUGGACAGUGUGGUGCUGCAGGUCAUCAAGGUCAUCCUCACUGCCAUUGCGUCCUCCACCUUCCAAGUGCACGGAGACUGCUUGAUCCUUGCCCUGCGCACGUGCUACAAUAUUGUGCUCACCAGCAAGAGCCAGGUGAACCUGUCAACGGCCAAGGGCACUCUCACUCAGAUGCUCAACAUCGUCUUCAAGCGCAUGGAGGCCUCAGAGCUCGCAAGCGCCCCUCAGCGCCCCCACGCCUAUCCCACUCCUACCAAGCCCGCUCUGGAGGGGUCCUCCCCAGACCAGCCUACCGACGCUGCUGCCGUCCCCACUGACGCUGCUGCUGCUGCUGUGGUGGUGGAGGGGGCCGAGGGGAAGGAGGAGGAUGGGGAAGGGGAGGGGGAGGGGGAGGGGGAAGCUGAGGGGAAUGCGGAGAGGGACGAGAGGGCUGGAGUGCAGGAGGAGCUGAGAGUGCUGGAGGGGCCGCAGCCCAGCAUAGAGGCGUUGGACGCCGUGCUAAGUAAAACACUUAGGCCGCAGGGAGGGGCUGCAGGGGGUGAUGCUGCUGGGGGGGGUGGUGAGGGGGAGAGUGGUGGAGGGGAGGAUGGGGGUGGAGCAGCAGGGGAGGGGAGUGGGGAGGAGGGAGCAGGGGCGACCCCUGCCGCCCCAAAGGGAAUCGAUCUGAGCCUGUUGGCCCUAGCGCAGCGCGACGCGCUGCUGGUGUUCCGCACGCUGUGCAAGAUGGCCAUGAAGGACGGCACCGAGGACCUCGUGCUGCGCACGAAGGCGCUCUCACUCGAGCUGCUGCAGGCCCUCCUGGAGUCUGUGAGCCGCGAGUUCACGCUCAACUUCGCCUUCCUAGACUCCAUUGAGAUGCACCUCUGCUACGCCCUCGCCCUCCUAGAGUCUGUGAGCCGCGAGUUCACGCUCAACUUCGCCUUCCUUGACUCCAUCAAGAUGUACCUCUGCUACGCGCUCGUGCGUGCCGCAGUCUCCCCCGCGGACCGCAUCCACGGGCUAGCGUGCGCCAUCUUCGCCACGCUGGUCCAGCGCUUCCGCGAGUCCCUCAAGGCCGAGAUCGGCCUCUUCUUCCCCCUCGUCGUGCUCCGCUCGCUCGACUCCCCCGAUAUCUCCCCAGCCCAGCGCCUGGGCCUCUUGCGCGUGCUGGAGAGGCUCACGGCGGAUGCGCAGCUGCUGGCAGAUGUAUUUGUGAACUAUGAUUGUGACUUGGACGCGUCCAACCUGUUUGAGCGCAUGGUCACGUCGCUGGAGCGGCUUGCGCAGAUGCCUGUGCCGGGGAUUGCGAGUGGGGGCGCAGGGGGGGGUGGAGGGGGAGCGGGAGGGGAGAUCAGCCCAGCCCAAGUGGCGGCGAUUAAGCUGGCGGCGCUGCAGUGUCUGGUGAACGUGGUGCACGCGCUGGACAAGUGGUAUGGCAAGGAUAAGCCGCCUGCACCGGCAGCAGCAGCCGGUGGGGGUGAGGCGGAAGGGGAUGAGUGGAAGGCGGAUGGGUUGGGAGCGGUGGACGAGGAGGAGGAGGAUGAGGAGGAGGAGGAGGAGAGAGAGGGCCACGUGGCCAAGUGGGCGGCAGCAGAGUCGCAGGCGGAUCAGUUUGGGCGGGCCAAGGCGCACAAGGCUGCCAUGGAGACUGCUGUGGAAAAGUUCAACAUGAAGCCGGAGAAGGGCCUGGCGUUCCUGCGAGCGCGCGGGCUGCUGGCUGCAGAUGCCGCUGCCACGGCUGAGUUUCUGCGCUCCACACCCGGGCUGGACAAGACGGCCAUCGGCGACUACCUGGGGCACCAUGACGACUACCACCUGGCGGUGAUGCACGCCUAUGUGGACGGCAUCCCGUUCCACCGCACGUCCUUCGACCAGGCCAUCCGCACCUUCCUCAAGGGCUUCCGCCUCCCGGGCGAGGCACAGAAGAUCGAUCGCAUCAUGGAGAAAUUUGCUGAGAAGUACUGCAAGGACAACCCCGGCGUCUUUAAGACAGCAGACAGCGCGUAUGUUCUUGCAUACGCCAUCAUCAUGCUCAACACGGAUGCGCACAACCCCGUGGUGACGGCCAAGAUGAGCAAAGCGGACUUUGUGCGCAUCAACUCGUCGCUGGAGGGCGAGGAGAGCGCGCCCAAGGACCUCCUAGAGGCGAUUUAUGACUCCAUAGUCACAGAGGAGAUUAAACUGCGUGAUGAUAAUGGUCCUGGUGCUGGUGGGGGGGGAGGGGGGGGAACGGAAGGGGGCAGGGAGAAGGGGCAGCUGGUGACGGUGCUGGGGCUGGCGACGGCGCAGAAGAGGAGUGCGGGGGAUGUGAGGAAGGAGAGCGACGACAUCAUCAAGCGCACGCAGGCCAUCGUGCGGAGGGGGCGGGUGAAGCGCGGGGUGUUCCACUCGGCCAUGCACGCUGACCUCGCCCGCCCCAUGCUGGAAGCAGUGGGCUGGCCGCUGGUGGCCACGUUCGCUGUGACUAUGGAGGAGGGGCCUUCGGGUGACACUGCGGCUGCCGUGGCUGCUGCUGCUGCUGGAGGCGUGGGAGGCGUGGGGCCGCGGAGCCUGGUGGUUGUGUGCAUGGACGGGCUGCGCUGUGCGAUUCACCUGGCGUUUCUCCUGGGCAUGGAGACCCUGCGCUACGCCCUGCUCACCUCUCUCGUUCGCUUCACCUUCCUGCACGCGCCCAGGGAGCUCCGAGUAAAGAACAUAGAGGCGAUCAGAACCCUCUUAGCCAUAGCAGAGCAGGAGCCAGAGGCUCUGCAGGACACGUGGAAUGCUGUGCUGGAGUGUGUGUCCAGGCUGGAGCAUGUUGCCACGUCACCGGCCCUGCUGGCGGUGCUGGGAGCGCCGCCGGUGCCUGUGCCGGUGAAGGAGGCGCUGCUGGGAGGGAUAGAGGAGCUCGCAGGGAAGCCGCUGGAGCAGGUGUUUGUGGUGAGUUCCAAGCUGCCCUCCGACGCGGUGGUCGAGUUCUUCAUCGCGCUCUGCGGCGUGUCGGCAGAGGAGCUCCGCCAGUCGCCCCCGCGGGUCUUCUCCCUGCAGAAGAUCGUCGAGAUCUCCUACUACAACAUGACGCGCAUCCGCAUGGUGUGGGCGCGCAUCUGGUCAGUCCUCGCCGUCCAUUUCAUCACGGCCGGCCAGAACCCCGACGAGCAGGUGGCCAUGUACGCCAUCGACUCCAUCCGCCAGCUGGCGCUCAAGUACCUGGAGCGCGCUGAGCUGGCGCGCUUCACCUUCCAGAACGACAUCCUCAAGCCGUUUGUGGUGCUCAUGCGUACAAGCCGCAGCGAGAAGACCAGGGAGCUCAUUGUGCAGUGCGUGGUGCAGAUGAUCCGUGUGAAGGUGGGCGGCAUCAAGAGCGGGUGGCGCAGUGUGUUCAUGGUGCUCACCACCGCCGCCACCGACAGCUACGAGCCCAUUGUGGAGAGCGCCUUCGAGACGGUGGAGCAGGUGGUGUUGGAGCACUUCGAGCAGGUGAUCGGCGACUGCUUUAUGGACUGCGUCAACUGCCUCAUGGCCUUCGCCAACAACGUGCUCGUGCCCCGCAUCUCCCUCAAGGCCAUCGCCCUCCUCCGCAUCUGCGAGGACCGCCUUGCCGAGGGCCGCGUGCCCGGGGGGGCGCUGCGCCCCGUGAACGAGGGGGAGAAGAUGAGCGACAAUGAGGUGGCGGAGUAUUACUGGUUCCCGAUGCUCGCGGGCCUGUCGGAGCUCACUUCCGACCCUCGCCCGGAGGUUCGGAGCUGCGGCGUGGAGGUGCUGUUCGACUUGCUUCGGGAGCGCGGGCACAAGUUCUCGACGCGGUUCUGGGAGAGCGUGUUUGAGCGCGUGCUCUUCCCCAUCUUUGACUACGUGCGGCACGCGGGCACGGAUGGGGAGCGCCCGCCGCCGACUGAUCUAUGGCUCAGGGAUACGUCCAUUCACUGCCUGCACCUGCUCUGCGACCUCUUCUGCGACUUCUACAAGGACGUGGCGUUCAUCCUGCCGUCGCUCCUGGGUCUCCUUCUCGACUGCGCCACGCGCCCCGACCAGUCGCUGGCUGCCAUCGCAGUGGGCGCACAGCUCAGGCUCAUAGACAGGGGGGCGGACCUCUUCUCCUCGCGGGACUGGGCUGUGCUGCUGGACAGCCUCAGAGUUGCCACCCUCACCACUCGCCCCACUGAGCUCCUCGCAAUCACCGAAGCCUCGCUUGCUGCUUCCGCCACUGCCACCGCCACCGCUGCCGCCGCUGCUGGCGACACAGCUGCUGCCACCGCCGCCACUGCCGCCGCCACUGCUGAGCUGUCACUGGACAAUGCAGUGCUGGAAUCAGGCGCUGCUGACCUGGCGGAUCACGCGUCUGGCUCCGUGAUUCGCACGAAGAUCCCCACUGGUGACGUGGCAACGAAUCUCAUGGGGCCUAAUCUCAGUGAACGUAUCGUGGCUGUGACUGUAGUCGAACAAGUGACUGUAGCCGAACAAGUGACUGUAGUCGAACAAGUGACUGCAGGGGACGCUACUGUAGCGAAUGGAGGGGAGGAGGGCGGAGGGGAGGGAGGAGAGGGUAAUGGGAUGGUGAACAGGGGUGGGGUGGGUGGGGAGGAGGAUGGUGGGGAGGGGAGGGGCGAGGAGGAAGCGAAGGCAGAAAGGAGCGGGGAGGGGCUGGCAGAUGGGGAGGAUACGGCCCUCAAGCCGUCAGCCUCCACGGGCGAGAUGGACAACUUUGGCAAGCGCCUGAUGGACACGCUGCUGCUGCGCAAUCUCUCCAUGGCGCUGGGCGGUGCCCCCACCCCCGCUACCGGCAGUGGCAGCAUGAGCAUCUGGUCGCGCGCCUCCAAUGCCAGCGAUGCCGCCCUGCCCACUGCCACUGAUUCCGAGGAGCAGGGCGAGGCGGGCAAGGAGGAGGAGGAAGAGGAGGAGGACGACGAGGAGGCGUCUGUGUUCCCCGUGGCGGACCCGGUGCGGGUCAAGUGCUACACGCAGCUGCUGCUGCUGGGGGCGUUGAAUCAGCUGCAGGCGAAGCACUGGCACCGCCUGCAGGCGUCGCACCGCAGACAGCUGCUGGACUGCAUUGCCACCAGCAUCGAUUUCGCCGCCCGGUUCAACUCCGACACGCACCUUCGGAUGCGCAUCCAAAUGCUGCCGCCCGAACGCCCCCCCCCGUCUCUGCUGCGCCAGGAGGUCACAGCCACGCAGCUCUACCUGAUAGUGCUGCUGCGCUGCCUCAACGACCCCGCAGCCGCUCUGCUGCCUGCAGCCGUGUCGAGCCAGAUGCUGCUGCAGUCAGGUGCGGCGCAGGGCGCGGGCGAAGGGGAGGGGGAGGAGCACGUGCAUGGGAGGAAACCCGCAGCAGCAGGGGGGGGAGCGGUGGGCGCAGCAGCAGCAGCAGCAGCAGCAGCAGACGCGGCUGCAAAUGGAGGAUCUAAGCCAGGAGGAAAGGGGGGAGCUGGGGGUGGGGGAGAGGGCGAGGAGGAGGAGGUGAGGCGGUUGGGGGAGGAGGCGGAGGAGCAGCUAUUGAGGGUGUGUGGGCGCGUGCUGGAGAUGUCGUCGCGCCUGCAGCCUAACACAGGGCAGGCGGUCGAGGCCGAGGUGCACCGCCUGCUGGCCCUCAGGGCGCCUGUUGUGGCCAGGGUGUUGUCGGCGCUGAGUCAGAUGGACGUGGCGCGGUUUGAGCGCUUUGUGCCGCACCUCUACCCGCACUGCACCCGCCUCAUCUGCUCCGACCAGGUGGAGGUGAGAAGGGCACUGGGGGAUCUCUUCAAGGCUCGCCUCUCUCCACUCAUACCAGGCUCUGACGGACCUUCUCCUCCCAUGAUAGCCUCAUCGUAACAAUGUCACUUGUGUAACUUACAAAGAACGGUUUUCCAUCACUUGUAUACGAGCAUCUUCUCGUCAACGUCUUCCUUGCAUUGCCUGGAUGGCAUGAGCAUCAGAUCUCAGAGUAGUAGAAUGAACUAGCAAGAAGGGUACAGGAUGGUUCUGACCUAAUGAGCUGUACUCUCUAAGGCAUGCUGCUGUUUAGGCUAUAGUGACAUAAACAAAUAUGUUUGACACAC